AUGCCGAUCGAAUACAAAGGCGCAAAGGUGCCGACAAGCUACGCAACAGUCAGCAUCGGUCACAAGGAAUCACAUACUCUGCCCUUGAAGCUCAAGGCCAUCGCCGAUGCCGGGUUCGACGCCAUUGAGCUGGGAAUGCCUGACAUUCUGGCUUAUGGCAAAAUGCUGAAUGGCCAGGAGCCGGACCCCAAGGACCACGAUACCCUUGUUGCGAUUGGAAAGGAGGUCAAGAAGCAAACACAAGAACACAAGCUCAAGAUCCUCAUGUUGCAACCGUUCGCCAACUUUGAGGGAUGGCCCAAGGGGAGCAAGGAGAGAAAAGAUGCGUUCACACGAGCAAAGGGGUGGAUGCGAGUCAUGGAAGCUGUGGGAACCGACAUGCUGCAGAUCGGAUCCUCGGACGCCCCGGGGAUAUCGUCCUCGUUCGAUGAGCUAGCAGGUGACCUGGCUGAGUUGGCAGAUCUGAUGGCGCCAAAGAGGAUGCGUAUCGCAUACGAGAACUGGUGUUGGGCCACGCAUGCCCCCGACUGGAAGGACGUGUGGCAGAUUGUGCAGAAGGUGGACCGACCGAACAUCGGUCUAUGCUUGGACACGUUCCAGAGUGCUGGAGGAGAAUGGGCAGAUCCGACCACCAAGUCUGGGCUUGUGGAGGGAGUGUCGAAACAAGACUUGGAGUUUAGAUGGAACGAGAGCCUUUCCGAGCUGGCCAAGACGGUACCACCGGAAAAGAUCUUCCUGCUUCAGAUAUCGGAUGCCUACAAGAUGGACCCUCCCCUGGAAGCAAAGGCCGACAGCGAGGGACUGAGACCACGGGGUCAAUGGAGUCACGACUACCGACCGAUACCUUUUGACGGUGGUUAUCUGCCCGUAAAAGAUUUCCUCAAUGCCGUGCUGAAGACCGGGUUCAGGGGCUUCCUGUCGGUGGAAGUGUUUGAUGGAAAGGGACCGGAUAAGUACAGUGACAUGGGUGAGUUUGGAAAGAAGGCUAUGACGUCUCUUGAGAAGCUGUUGAAAGGACAGUAA